CAGCAGAGAAACCGAGCAUUGUCUCUUCCUCCGUUGCUUCUCAUCUCCAUUACUCCAUUCUUCUUUCUCCCUCACUCUCCAUUGUGCCACUUGCCUAUAUGUAUAGGCACCCCAACGGGUCUUUUCUUUCCUCUUUUUCUUAACCCCUUCAAUUCCUCUCUCAAAUUAAAUACUUCUCUCCUUUUCCGGAAGUGGUCAACUUUUUCUUUUCUUUCUCUCAAUCCAACACACCAAUCCUCGUUCUUACUCUUUCUGGAGGGUUUUUCUUUACUUUACUUUACCAAUCCAGUCCCUUAGAUAUUUUCUUGCCGGAAUUGUUUUUUAAUCCCUCAACUCCACCAAUCCAGUCCCUUAGAUAUUUUCUUGCCGGAAUUGUUUUUUAAUCCCUCAACUCCGAGACUCUGUUUGGCCUUUUCUUCCAUUUGUUUUAUUUUAAGUUCUUGUACUUUCUGGGUUUAGGGUUUUGUACUUUUUGUUCUAUCAACCAUGUUUAGCUGCUAGCUCUUAAUUUCUAAAAUUGAGAAAGAAUUAAUAGAAUGUCAUCAUCGUGUCUAAGUGGAGCUGGCGGAAGAACCUAUGGCUUCGAAUUCGAAUUCGUUAAGUCAACAUCUUCAUCAAUCACCAGAACUUCACACACUUCAUCAUCACCGUCUUCAACAAUCUCCGAAUCCAGCAACAGCCAGCUGGCAAUCUCCACCCGUAAACCCAGAACCGCUCGCAAGCGACCCAAUCAAACCUACAACGAAGCCGCGGCGCUUCUCUCCACCGCAUACCCCAACCUCUUCUCAUCCAACACCCUCAAAAGCUUCGCCAAACCAUCGCCGCAAUACAGUAACGGUAAUAUUUCCAAUACGGCGUCGUUUUUGGACGAAUCGUCGGACCUGUUGUUGCCGUUCAGGGUGUUCGAUACGUCGUCGUUUCUGCUCCACCAGUACAAGCCGUCGUGCUUCGCGGUGGAGCCUAAGGUGGUGAGUGUGCAGCACGAUAAGCCAUGCCAGAGCCCAGGGGAGAUAAGCUCCAGGGUGAAUUCCUUGGAAUUGGAGGACCAUAAUAAUAACCAUUGCUGCGCCGGAGAAGACGAUUUCGAUGCCGAAUCGAUGCUCGACGAGGAAAUCGAGGAGGGAAUUGAUAGCAUCAUGGGGAGCGGGGUAGAAUUGGAAUCGUCCUCCAUUGAUGGAGCUUCUUCGGAUAAUAAUCCGUGGAGUUGUUUUGGCGGGAAACUGGAUUUCCGGCUAGGGUUGCGGAGGACCGGAGUGAGGGCUCUCCGAAGCGCCGACGACGGCAAUUGGUGGAAUUUCCCGGCGGUUGAUAUCCUUCAGAUAUCGCCUAAGGCCGUAAACAAGCCUGCGCCGCAACAACCGGUGGCUGCGGCAGCUGAAAAGGCGAAGAAGAAGAAGAAGAAGGUGGAGAAACCGAGCGUUGAGGUGAAGAAUAAGAGCGAUGAAUUUCCGAAGCUGAAUAAUAUUCAUGCCGCUGUGCCGAAAUUGAAUUCCGGAUUGAUGUUGAAAUUGAAUUACGACGGUGUCAGGGAUAGUUGGUCCGACAGGGGCUCGCCGUUCGGCGACAACGGCUCAGCCUCCGACUUGCCGGGAAAUGACGUCACCGCACGGUUGUCACAAAUCGAUUUGUUAUGGGAGAAUGGGGGAAUGAGAGAGGCUAGCGUGCUUCGCUACAAAGAAAAGCGGCGUACACGCCUCUUCUCGAAGAAGAUCAGGUACCAAGUUAGGAAGGUCAACGCAGAUCGACGGCCCAGAAUGCAGGGACGAUUUGUUAGGAGGCCGAUUUCUAGCUCAAAUGCGCACAGAUGAACAUGCUUUUUUGUGACCUUCCUUUUAAAAAUAAAGUUUUAAUUCUUGUAACCUUUUCUUUAAAAAUUUCUCUUCACUUUUUGCGUUAU